AUGGACUUCGUAAAAGAACUCAAGAGCAGCCAAGACUACAUGAACAACGAGUUGACCUAUGGAGCACACAACUACGACCCAAUCCCCGUUGUCCUCAACAGGGGAAGUGGCGUUUUUGUGUAUGACAUCGAAAAUAGGAGGUACUACGACUUCUUGUCGGCAUACUCGUCGGUAAACCAAGGUCACUGCCACCCCAACAUCCUGAAUGCAAUGAUAAAUCAAGCCAAAAAAUUAACAAUAUGCAGCAGAGCAUUUUUUAGCGAUUCCCUCGGUGUGUGCGAAAGGUAUUUGACAACCCUAUUUGGCUACGACAAAGUGUUAAUGAUGAAUACAGGAGCAGAGGCAAACGAAACAGCAUAUAAAAUGUGCAGAAAAUGGGGUUAUGAAGUAAAAAAAAUACCAGAAAAUGAAGCCAAAAUAAUUGUGUGCAACAAUAAUUUUUCUGGCAGAACUUUGGGAUGUGUAUCAGCUUCUACUGAUAGGAAAUGUAAAAAUAAUUUUGGUCCCUUCGUUCCAAAUUUUUUGAAAGUUCCUUAUGACGAUUUGGAAGCAUUAGAAGUCGAACUACAGGACCCAAAUGUGUGUGCAUUUGUUGUUGAGCCAAUUCAAGGAGAAGCUGGAGUUAUCCUUCCAUCCGAUGGGUACUUCAAAGGAGUAGAAAGACUGUGUAAAAAAUAUAACGUCCUUUUUGUAGCCGAUGAGGUACAAACAGGUCUAGGAAGAACAGGGAAAUUAUUAUGUACUUACCAUUAUGAUGUCAAACCUGAUGUGAUUCUUCUUGGGAAGGCCCUUUCAGGUGGCCAUUACCCCAUUUCAGCCAUUUUGGCUAACAAUGAUGUUAUGCUGGUGUUGAAGCCAGAAGCGCUCAACGUUUUAAUUAAUGAGAAGCUUAGCGAAAAUGCAGAUAAGUUAGGUGGACCGUUCUUAGAGGCUUUAAAGAAAGAACUGAAAGACAGCAAAAUCGUUCGUGAGGUUAGAGGACGAGGUCUACUCUGUGCUAUUGAGUUCAGGAAUGACAUCAUUAACGUGUGGGACAUCUGCUUGAAAUUUAAGGAAAAUGGACUUAUCACUAGAUCUGUGCAUGAUAAGACGGUUCGAUUGACUCCACCACUUUGCAUUACCAAGGAGCAGCUCGACGAAUGCUUGGAAAUCAUUUCCAAGACG